GUAUUUUCUAAGACACACUGACUUACACAGUGCUCUCUGUAUUGCUGUGACUGUAGACAGUGUUUUGUAUAUUUUUACUACACGUAUCCAGGUUUUGAUUUGUUUUUUAUGGAAUAUACCAAAUGAGUGUGAUUACCAAAGGAAUGGCUUGAAACUACUCAUUUUUGUUUGCUACUUAAAAGGAAUACAGAGCUAUGCAUAGAUCACUGAGUUUGAGAUUAUCCAGAAGACUACAUGAGUACAGCUACCCAGUGGAGAGCGGGACUCUCCCCAUGAGAGGCAAGAAGGAAAAGAUGGCGAAAAAGAAGCUGGAGCAAAAGAAAGCCUACAGUCUAGAGGAAGCUCAGCUCGAGAUUGAGCAGCAGCACAAAAGCCAGAGCAGGCCGGCCCUGCCCAGGUCUCAGACAGUCGGAGGGUCUUUGGAAAGGAACGACAGCAUCAACUCAAGAAGUAGCUUCAUGAAGCACAACAAAACAUUCCACAAACUCUUUCCAGACAUCCCUGAGAGCGAAGACUUAUUACACGCCUACAUUUGUGCUCUGCAAAGGGAGGUACCAUACCAUGGCCGUCUCUAUAUCACAGAAAACAACGUAUGCUUUCACUCCUCUGUGCUUCUCAAGGCAACGAAGGUGGUGAUCCCUGUGUCUAAUAUCACUGUCCUGAAGAAGCAGAAUACAGCGCUGCUGGUGCCAAACGCUCUGUCUAUCCGCAGCAACCUUGGAGAGAAGUAUUUAUUUGUGUCUCUGCGGAACCGGGAAGGCUGCUACAGGCUGCUGCGUGCUGUUUGCUUACAUCUGGAGGACGGCAGCGCCAACAGCAGCCCUCUUUUCUCAUCCGCCGAGAACAGCUUUGAUCAAGCCAAACUGGUGAACUCAAGUCAGUCGAGCCUGACUGACGCCUAUGAAGAGCUUGAUGGAACAGACUCUGGACUUUUACUGCAACCUCCUCCUACUAAACUUCACAGAGCCUCCAUCUCGAAUGGAAGUCCUCCAACUCAAAGAAGUCUUCACAAAGAAGUAGAUGAGAGUCACGCAGAGGAGCACAUGGGAGGCUCAUGGAUGUGGAGUGUGACUGACGGAGCUAGAUCACUGCUCAUCCAAAGAGAAGCCCCUAACCUCAACACUCUGCUGCUCAUCUACUUAAUGCUGGUGGUGCUGCUCGUGCUCUCCUCUGGGUAUAUCGGUUUGCGCAUCGUGGCUCUGGAGGAGCAGCUGACUACUCUGGGAGCCUUGCCUGAAUUUACUCUACACAGCGGGUACAAGGACACAUAAAUAUGCCAGAGAAAGAAGAGAAGUGUUUAUCUGUUGACCCUGAGGAGGAAAGACAGCUUCGAAAGUGUCAGUCCGUAUUUCAAUGUUUCGCAGAAGCCCUCAGAAGAGCCAAAGUGCUGUGAGCAUUAUUCACUCUCGGCAAGAAGAAAACCAAAGUGCUCUGUGAUGCCGCAUCAUACCAGGAGUCUUGUGCUGCAUUCAAUCCUCACAACAAUCUAAAAAAGGCUCUGAGUGGGAGGGGGUGGGGCAGUUUCCAAAGAACGGCUGUCUGCUGGUGUAACCUGCUUCCACUUUUCCACCUUUAAUCUCACCUUGGUUGAUGAUUGAAACUUUCAUCCUUUCUGAUCAGGCUCCUCUCGUGAAGAUGAUUUUUUCUCUCUCUUUUUCGAAUCACCAAGUUGCAGUAUUACACCUUGCUUUGGCAUGAUUCAGAAAUUCAUGAAUGAUCAUUGCUUGGUGGCCAAUAAUGUGGCAUAAUUUAUGGAUGUAUGCAUCUUCUAUGCACAAAGUAAUCUCCUGAUCAGGUAUUUUUAGCCUCUUUUAUUUCACUUUUGUACUUUGAUCGUCAAUUUAAUCGACAGCCGCUUGUUAUCAGAUGAAGUCUUCAAAAGAUUCAGAGGCGCUGUGCAGCCUGGACAUUUUCUUUUCAGACUCACCAGACAAAAAGACUGUGACGUGUCUGAAAGUCAAAAGUGGCAAAAAAAAAAAGAAAAAGAAAAAAAAAAAAGGGAGUAACAUACUUGAGUCACAUUUCAAGAACUGGCAACCCUUUCUUUGAGAUGGUCCAAUAUAUGCAUGGUUAGAUUAAGUGUAUGAGAUUGUACAUACGAUUGAAAAAUAAGAGAAGUCAAUCAGUGCACUUUAAUGUGUGUCGCAUGUACGAAGACAAAAUACUGUAGAAUGAGGAAGUCUGCUAUCAAUCACCACCACUGGGUCUGGAGUAUUAUCCAGCAUUAUGCUUCAUUUACUUACACAUACUUCGUGCUUUUCUACGUACCAGGGUGACCACAGUAUACAGUUUCAAUUCAUACAUCUUCUUCAAAUAUGUCAAAUGACUGUUAUAGUGAAAAUAUGGAAACACCUUGCACUUAAGGAAAAUACUCAAAUCACAGGCAACAACUCUCUUAAAAUCUUUCUGUUAAAACUCUAGUAUGCUGUAAUUCAUUCUCUAAAUUUGGAGAAAUGUUUAAAGCAGCAAGAAUGAAAGCAAGUGAAUUUUCAUUUCCCUAAAUCCUAGUCCAAGGGCACGAAGCUAACACGGACUUUUAUAUAACACAACCUUCUGUUGCAAGCAACACUGGUAUUAUCCAUUACUAAACAUCUUAAAACAGAUUUGUGUGAGAAAACAUAAUCAAUCGUGCCUGAUUAGGAAUAGCCUUAAAUCUUGUACAUGUGAAUUCAAAUGGAAGACUUGGAUUUAAACUAUCGGUAAUCCAACUUAAUAAGCACAGGAUGUGUGGACACUCUGGUGCACUUUUUGUGUUUCAGGUGGGGUUAAAAUCUUUAUCCAUGACAGAUUUCUCUGCUCGACAGCUUUCCAUUUUACAGUUGACCUGUAAAAUGGUAGCGAAAUCACACCAUCCAGAACAUCAUGUAUAUCAUCACAGAUGUAGUUAUGGUGUCACAUUUAGACUGGCGUAUCAUACUGAUGUCAUGUCUCAUUGCACUGCUCAAUGUAAAGUCUCGCAUCCUGUGGAAGUGCACAAGCACAGGACAGACGUGCACACGUGGUGCAUGUAGGUGAAAGAGUACAACGCCAGCUUCAGAUGGUGCUAGAGUCUUUUUACUCAGGGCUUUUCCCAGUCAGCGCCCUGUUCCUGUCAGUCGAGUAUAAUGUACAGCUGUGCUUUCUCAGCACAUAAUGCUAAUAAUUUGAGUGUGUUACAGCAGGGAAAGCACAUGAUGAAGUCAGCUCUGGGAUUUCUGCCUCAAUAAUUUUGCUGCUCGGUUAUCUCAGAUUAACCCAAUGCUAAAUCCAUCUGUGUUCAGUACUAAUUACAACACCUGUGUACCACCAAGACAGUCUGUUUGAUGAUUUCUUUUUUUUUUGUAUUUUUUUUUUUUUUUAGUUCUUGGAUUGUUUGUUUUUUAAUAUAUAUUUAAAGAUCUAUCUAUACCCCAAUAAUGGUGCAUGUUGAUCAUCCCGCUGGGGUAUUUCAGUCUCUGAUUUAGUUUGAUUUCCUGAUUUGAUGGACCAUUUUAUCUUUAUCGAGUAAAGAGGAAAGAAGUGUUGCACAGAGACUAAUUAGAGACUAGCAGUGUUGGACUUGACUCACUCUGAGCUUUUGUAAUUCCCUUUCAAUAACAACGCAGGAAUUCAACAAGUGUGUCAUUUCUGUUUGCACUACUGAAUGAUAUGUAAAUAUUAUUUUGUAUUGAUUUGUCUUAAAACGAAUCCCCGCUGAUCUAUUUAUUGCAUUUUCUGUAAGGCAAAGUGAUCUCUGUGAGACCGGCUUUCACAUUUGAAUAAAUCAAAUGAUGGGGGAGAAAAUA